GGUGGCAUGACUGGCAGCACUGCUGGGCUGCACUGGUGGGUGGCACUGGUGGGCAGCACUGGUGGGUGGGCACAGGUGGGUGGCACUGGUGGGCACAGGUGGGUGGGCAAGUGGGUGGCACUGCUGGGCACAGGUAGGUGGCACUUCUGGGCACAGGUGUUGUGUGACACUGCAGAGUGGCACAGGUGGGUGCACUGCUGGGGCACAACUGGUGGGUGAUCUGCUGGGCACAGGUGGGCACAGGUGGGGCAGAGCUAUGUGGGCGCACUGCUGGGCACAGGUGGGUGAUCUGCUGGGCACAGGUGGGGCGGAACUUGCGGGUUGGCACUGCUGGG